GCCUUGGCUCUUAGCAAAUGCAAGAGAAAUUGUUGACACAUAUGAUCCAAAUGCACCUGAAGAUGAUUCAAAAACCUGUCGAACAAUCCAAGCACUCAUUAUGCAAACACAAUCAUUCACAGAUGAGUGGAAUACCACAAAGGCUUGGGAUAGUCAUGCGACAUUGUGCCAUAUUCCAGAGUCAAUAUUAGCCUCUGGCGGAGGUUACACAUUUCACCUAAUUACUGAUAAAAUUCAUGUUGCUCCUGCAGAACGUCUCAAACUGAUGGAGCAGACUGAUGCCUUUUUUGUUUUGUAAUCUGAGGUACUUGUUGUGAUACAAGGCUUAACUCAGACUGAAAAUGACAGCGAUAAAGCCCGCUGUGCUCAUCUUCAUCUGUUUCAUGCUGUUUCACGGUUUUGUAGCAGCACUGAACUGCACCAGCCCAACUCCUGAUUCCUUGUUUAAUGCCCUUGAGAAGGAAUUAUUCCCUAAAAAACUGGUGCGUCCUGUAGAAAGGUUUUCAGAUCCAAUUAACAUAACCAUCGGUAUCACUCUGGUGGGAAUUUUAGGAGUGGAUGAAAAAGCUCAAACCGUGACAACAGUCUUAUGGCAAGUACUGGAGUGGGACAUAGCGGGACUGAGCUGGGAUGAGAAGGAAUGUGGAACUACAAGAGUCUCUGUCCCUCGAGAAACUCUUUGGGUCCCAGAUGUCCACAUCACAGAGUUCAUGGCCGAGGACAACUCUCCCAAAACUCCCUAUGUCUACUUAUACAACACAGGUCACGUAUAUGAUGAUAAGCCGGUCAGAGUGGUCAGCUCCUGCCGAUUAGAAAUCUACUCUUUCCCCUUUGAUAUCCAAAACUGCUCGCUGACCUUUGGAUCAUAUCUGCACUUUGCUACAGACAUAAGGAUGAUUCACAGCAGAUCGUCUGAAGAGAUCCUGGCGGAGUCCAGAGAUGUGUUGGAGACCAAUGGGGAGUGGGAGCUCGCUGAUAUCAGCAUAGCUCGCUCUACCUUGGCGUUAGAAGCGGGAAGCUACUCUGAGAUCAAAUACUUUGUCAUUCUAAGACGUAGGCCAAUCCUCUAUGUGGUGAACCUGCUGAUCCCCAGCUGCUUCCUCAUCACAGUGGACCUCUUCAGCUUCCUGCUGCCUCCCAAGAGUGUGGACCGGUCCUCCUUCAAGAUGACUCUCAUCCUGGGCUACACAGUUUUCCUGCUCAUCAUGAACGACCUGCUGCCUGCCACUGGGGAGACGACGCCUCUCAUCAGCAUAUUCUUUUCCCUCACUCUCGCUCUGAUGGUGGCCAGUCUGCUGGAGACAGUGUUUAUCACUAAUAUCCAGCUCAGCUCCAGUGAGUACAGUGCGGCGCCUCACUGGCUCAGUGUGCUUGUGUUACGAUAUCUAGCUGUUGUCGUUUGUCUCCCUCAACAAAAGAAGAGCAACCGCAUCACAGUCUUCAUCAACUCAUCUACUGGAGAACCAGCAAUGAAUUCCAGUAUCACAAACAUCACAGCAAGUCAUCUUCAGAGCAUCUAUGGUGAUACAACUCCAGUGAAACCCCCUCCGCCGGGCCCUCCGGAGCCGGAGCUGGAUGAACUGAGGAAGCUGAGCAGAGAUCUCAUGGCCAUUCGCCACCAGCUGAACAAAUACUUCCAGGGGACCAACACCUCGCAAGAAUGGCAAAUGAUCGGGAUAGUCAUCGACCGUCUGCUGUUCAUCUUGUACAUUGUCUUCAUCGUCGCCAGCUUCUUCACCAUCACGUGUAUCUGGAUCUGGAACAAUUCGUAUGCAGCAUGAUUUAACUAGAGGGUUGCUAGCAGUAAAUAUGGUAUCUGUAUUUAAACUAUUGAUAAUCAAUCCGUCUCAAAAACAUGCACAGCUGCGAUGGCUAUGUCUUUCAAAAAGGCAGUCAACAUCCUCAGGGGAAAAGAAAAACCUCUUCAGUGUGAGAUUUGACUUCUGAUUACAGAGUUUUUAAAACAGCAUAAAACCAAAAAUAAGCAUAUGGUUAAAAAUAGGCACAAGCACAACUAAGUCAUGGGGCAGUUAACUAUUCAAGAAGGUCUUCACAAUUAUAGUAGUAAAACUGCAGAUGUGAACACGUUUGCAAUAUUGCAUUUUGAGAUAUGAGUGUGAGAACUUAUUUGUUUGCAGUUUGUAUUAAAAUACACCAACAAACUUCAAAAUCAUCCAGAUCAUUGUCUACAAGGUAUACAUUUCAUUGUCUGUUAUUUUUAGACUGAUCGAAAAACAAGAUCAUUAGAAACCUUUUCCAGAAACUCCAGGCCACGCAGUUGUGCUUAGUAGGCAAAUUGUUGAGGUUGAAUUUCUACUGAAAUAUUGACUGUCACAAUACAUCCACUAGAUGGUUCCAUUGGUUGAUUGUUGGAGUUUUUGUACAGAGUAAGCUGUUUGAUUUAGGCAUAUUGGCUUUUAUAUACAGUUGUAUGCAAAAGUUUAGGAACCCCUGACAAUUUCCAUGAUUUUCAUUUAUAAAUAUUUGGGUGUUUGGAUCAGCAAUUUCAUUUUGAUCU